AUGGAUAACAACAACGAGCAGCAAACUAUUUAUCAUGAACGAGUAGAUUUAAACAAGCGAAAUGAAAUGAAAGAAAUACAUGGACAAGAAUAUCAACCCAAGGUGGAGGUGGAAGAAGAAGAAGAAGAAAUCUUAUCACAAAAACUUAGCCAAUUAUCGACAGAAUCCAAAGAACAAUUACCAUUAGAAGUGAAGAAACAAAAGCGUUCCAAUAGAACUAUUUCCGAAACGAGAUACACUUUUCUCGAAGAAGACAACAACUCUGACGACAGAAUAAAAAUUCCUACUUAUCUAUUAAUAACGAACCUAUCGUUUCAACGCCUAUGUUCACAACUAUCUAUAACGGAUAUUCUUCAUAUGGAAAAAUUACAACAAAUAAUUCUUAUUCAAUAUCGUGCUCUUCUCCUUGAACUCGAACAUUCACUUUGGUUUACAUAUUUUCAAAUGGGUACAGGCAUAUGGAAAAAUGAACAAUCGAACUUGUCAUGUUCAAAUCCAGAAAUAUGGCCUAAAGAAUUGCAAGAAAUUGUCCAAAGUGUGUCUAUGAAUGAUAUUACUAUGAACGAUGGACAAAGUAUUGACGAACAAUGCUUUCAGUAUGUUAGUAAUCGUCUGCAUAAACUAGCACAAAAACAGCAAUCUUAUUCGGAUAAAUAUGAAGAAAACAUACAGUUCAUCGAUGGCAUUGGUCGAACAGUUGCUGAACAAUGUAUUCGGUCGUUUCUUGAAGAAAAUCUAGUAUCAUUACGAAAACAACAUCAAUAUACAAUUUCUUUGCUCAAUUGUGAAUACGAUGAGAAUCGUUUGGAAUUACAAUUUCUAGCGCAAACACCCAAUCAGAGACAGAUGGAUUGGUUUCGACAUAUUUUAAAUUGUAAAUAUGAACUAGAAAAGGCUAAGUAUGAACAUGUCAUUUUAAAAGAACGAUUUCGACAUCAAUCAUUUCAAUCGAUUUUUAAUUUCAAUCUACAAGAAAUAAUUCCAUUGGAAAUGUAUGAAAACAUUGACGAUCAUACCACGCGUCUCUAUUUGGAAGGACAACAAGAAAAAUUUCUGAAAAUCUUUAAAACAAACAUGAUCAAACUUUUUACUGAUAUAACAUACACUUAUCAAUGUCAAACAGAAAACGAAUUUCAUGACGAAAUGGUGAAGUUUUGGAACAUUCAUAAGUCUCUUCCUUGUGACGAACAAUUUAAUUCAACAAUGCUCCAUCUUAUCGAUCAAUCAUUUUUAAAUAUGAGCAUCAAAUUCGAUCUCAUGUCCAAGCAUGAAUUAGAUCAAUUUAGUAUUAAGAAGAUAUCCGAUUCAACGACCACAUGA